AUGGAGUUGAAGAUGAACCUCAAACUUCAAAUGGAAGAGAGUAGAGAUUGGAGUUUGCCGCUUCAAGGUGGAAAGAUUAGGAUAUCAACGCCAAGCAAAUGUGCUACAAAAGCUCAACUUCGUUUCACAAAACCGUUCUGCCAUUCACACUCUCAAUCUUUCAUCCCUCCAAUUUCUCACAAAAUCCUCUCUCUCGCCGGACUUCCAUCGACACAGAAAGUAAUCGAAGCAAUUCUCCAAAUUCUGAAGCCCAAACCAUUUGUCGGAGCUAAUGUGUUCGUCUCUCGUAAUCUUGUCGCUCCAGAGAUGUUCGAUGCUUUUCACGACGCUCUCAAGCAGAAUGGGGCGAAGGCUUCCUCUGUUGCGAUCCCUCUCAAAACGCCCCUAACGACUAUCAUGUUAUCUUCUCCGCCGAUCACGUACGAAACGUCUCAUCGAUUUCUUGUUCAAUUUAUAUGGCUACUCGGAUUGGCGAUGUGUUUAUUGGUUGUUGAUUCCUUCUUUCAGGCAAAGUUCGAGGAUCUUCGCGCCAAGGGCUGCAACUUGUUAGAGCACAGACCUCUUCCUCAACAGGGUUGUACUUGCUGCCUUGCCAUGGAUGGUGUGAAAAUCUUGGCAUCCGGUUUUCAAGAAGAUGAAAAGGUUGAGAUAGGGAAGUUAGUUAGUGCAAUGGGGGAAGUAUUGCAUACGAAAGCAUUACUAGAUGUCAGUUUUGUUAUCGCGAAGAAUGCUUUGGCUGCGAAAUACAAGAAUGCUUCUAUUACGAAGCAUCUUUACUUCUCUAGCCAGAAUCUCCACAGGUUGUUCUACAUAGCUCAAACGCUCAUCAAUCUCCAAGGGUUCAAUGAGGAUUUGUACCCUGUUGGUAGCGUUUCUGGAACUUCAAAUAAAUUGACAAGGGGUUGCUUGACUGCUAACUAUAGCCAAGAAAAGGUUAUUGUGAACUUGGAAGCUGUACCGUCUUCAUUUCUUGCCGAUUCAAAAUUCACAGCAGUUGCUGGUCCUUGGUUUUCAGACAUGGAUGUUGAAGUUACUCUUUCACAGAGCACGCCUAUGUUUUCAUAUGCUUCUCAUUUUAUAAAUGAGGUUGAUGUUGAAGUGUCAGUCGCGAUGGGAAGGAACGAAGAAAACACUGUUAAUUUCCUUGCAAAUGACUUCCAGUCUGAAGAAAACGACCUAUAUUUGUCAGCAUGUAGAAUAAAAGUUGUUGGGUUUGAAGCUUCUGAGAUGCAGAAGAUUGUAAAUAUGAUUCACAGAGGUGGAGGCUCCCGAUACGUGUUGUUCAAUGACAAAUUAACACACAUAAUAGUUGGAGAUCCGUCAGAAAUGGAGAAAAAGGAGGUUAGAGAUAUUGCCACUUCGGGAGUCGUUCAUAUGGUUAGAUCCAACUGGCUUGAAGAUUGUGAUCGUCAGAAGAAGGAGAUUCCUAUUCUUGGUAGACACAGGGCAUAUGAUGAACUUAUUCCUAAAGCAUCUAGUAAAAUGAGCACCAUUGUUAUGGAUCAGAAUAAAGUUCCAAAUGUUCAUCCAAUCGUGCCAUCAAAUGUGUCAGAAGGAAAUAUUCAUGUUAGCAUUGGAAAGACGUCAAUAGCAGUGGAAAGAAUUGAAGAAACAAGUGAAUGGAGACAGGAAAAUGAAAUUAUCCCAGAAAAGCCAACAAUGUGUAGCAAAUGGUACAAACAAGAGUCAAGAAAAGAUGGGGCGUGAUUUCAUGGUUUUGUUUUUCUAGUUCCUUUCCAGAAGAUCGGGUAUGUUGUAAAGAUUCUUUCCUCUUAUUUCAAACAGCAUGAUUAAUGUACACUAUGCACUUUAGGUUUUAGAUGUAUUAUUGUGGUAAAUAGCAUCCAUUUUUUAAAAAA